AGCCCAUCCGCCUUGAAGCCCUCGUCGUUUCAAGCCCAGAGAGGCUUCGUCUUCUGCACACAAAGGCCCGAAUCGAAAGAACUCAUCCUAAGAUAUUUAACGCAGCUCUGAUGCUCCCCUUUUCUCUGAGGUUCGUAAGGGAAAAAAGGAAACCAACCCAGAUACAGAAAACAGGAUUCGCUUACAACCGUACCCAGAUUCCAAUUCUUCUACCUCCACAAUUCUCCACUUCACUGGUGAUUUUGUGCUUAUCAAAUUUGUUUGUUGAAUGACACUAUCUGCGACGUAAAGCAGUCAUGGCAGAUGGUUCAGAAGUCGAGGAGCGGGUGGAUCUUGAAGAGGACAAUUACAUGGAAGAGAUGGAUGAUGAUGUAGAAGAACAUGUAGAUGAGGAUGGAGUAGAUAGGAGAGCUGGUGAACAUCCGGAAGAGGAUGUUGAAGAAGUAGGUGAAGAGCCUCAAGUUGGGACCGAUACAGAAGAUAGAUUUUCAGGAGAUGGUAGAAAUAGCAUAUCCAUAGAGUCUAUAGAAAAUAGAGAAAAGUCUGCUUCUUUAUUAGAUGAAGAUGAUCUAGAGAAGCAUGCUGAGCUUCUUGCCCUUCCUCCUCAUGGAUCUGAAGUUUUUAUUGGCGGGCUUUCACGUGAUGUUUUAGAAGAAGAUUUGAGAGAUUUGUGUGAAUCACUAGGAGAAAUAUUUGAGAUAAGGAUAAUAAAAGACAGAGAUUCUGGUGAAAGCAAAGGUUAUGCUUUUAUAUCGUUUAGAACCAAAGAGGCAGCACAAAAGGCUAUAGAGGAUUUGCAUGGUAAAGAAGUCAAGGUAGGUAAAACGAUAAGAUGUUCUCUGUCUGAUUCUAAACACAGACUAUUUAUUGGUAAUGUCCCAAAAAGUUGGACAGAUGAUGAGUUUAAGGCACUUAUAGAAGGAAUUGGCCCUGGAGUUGAAAACAUUGAGCUUAUUAAGGAUCCUCAGAACCCAAGCCGAAAUCGUGGAUUUGCAUUUGUUCUGUAUUAUAACAAUGCCUGUGCUGAUUAUUCAAGGCAGAAAAUGUCAAGUGCAAAUUUUAAGCUAGAUGGAAAUUCCCCAACUGUUAGUUGGGCUGAUCCAAAAAGUAUGCCUGAUAACUCUGCUGCUGCUCAGGUGAAGGCUCUUUAUGUGAAAAACAUACCUGAGAAUACCUCUACUGAGCAAUUGAAAGAACUGUUUCAGCAACAUGGGGAAGUGACAAAAGUGAAUAUGCCACCUGGCAAAGCUGGGAGUAGUAAACGAGAUUUUGCCUUCAUCCAUUAUGCUGAGAGGUCAAGUGCAUUGAAGGCUGUUAAAGAGACAGAGAAAUAUGAAAUUGAAGGCCAACUUUUGGAGGUUGUCCUUGCAAAGCCUCAAAGUGAUAAAAAAUCAGAUGGGGCCUAUUCUUAUAUGUCUGGAAGUCAUCCCAACCAUCUUCUUCAUGGUGGAUACGGUGGUUAUGGCGGAAAUCCAUAUGGUUCCCUAGGUGGGUAUGGUGUUACUGCUGGCUUUCAUCAGCCAGUGAUUUAUGGUAGGGGGCCAAUGCCAGCGGGAAUGCAGAUGGUACCAAUGGUUUUACCAGAUGGUCGAAUUGGUUAUGUAUUUCAGCAACCUGGAGUACCAAUGCCACCUUCUCGAUCUCGAAGAAGUGAAAGGAACAAUGGGUCAGGUGGACCAACGGGUCGUUCAGGAGGUAGUAGCAGUGGUGAUGAAGUCAACCGUGGGAGAAGGUAUCGACCCUAUUAAUGGUGAGAACUGAAGACAAUGGUGUCAUUAGGCUAAAUCACAGGAAAUAACAAAAUCCCCCACUCAGAAAAAGAAUGUAAAAGAAAUUGAACAUAAGAGAGAACUGAGAGGUUUUGAAUGACUGAGAAACAGAUUGCAUUGAGAUCCCUUUUCAGGAUAAAUGGGAGGAUGAUUUGCUUUUGUGGCAAUUCUUAUUAGUUUAGAGUUAAACAAAGAAAUUAUGUGUACCAAAGCAAUGCAGUUAAAAAAGUUCUGCUCAAAUUUUAAAUCUUCUAUUCUCUCUCCCAUUCUUCUUGGUGUUCUUUUCAAGGUGGAAAUCUUGUGUAAUCACUGGUAAAGAAUAACUUCAUUUUUGUUCA